CCAAAAUGCUAAACGAAGAAUUUAAAUGGGUCAUUUUCGUCCAGUUUGGCGUGACUACAACGAUCGUCUGCUUCAACCUUUAUCUAUUAGUAACAGCAAGAAAUAUAACCGCGAAAUUUCUGAUAGCUGUAAUAUACACUUGCACUAUGCUAACACAAAUAUUCUUUUAUUGUUGGUAUGGGAACGAAGUUAAAAUAAAGAGCCUCGAGGUAUCACAGAUGGCAUUCAGAACCGACUGGAUGUUUUUCAACAAAGAUAUUAAAAGAAUUCUCUUGAUGAUUAUGAGACGUAGCGAUGUUUCCAUUGAAUUCACUAGUGCUCACGUUGUGUCUAUGAAUCUUGAAUCCUUCGUGAAGUUGCUGAAAACUUCUUACUCGGCGUAUAACGUGUUAAGUGGCACGGAAUAGCAACGUUCAUGGAUCACAUCGAAGAAAAAAUAAUGAGAAUUUAAGGAGAAAUUCACGUAUAGUGCACUGGACGUAUGUACAUUGAAAAAAUUUUGAGUAACAAUGAAUUCUGAACAAUAUCCACCAUUUCACAUACGAUUUCUACCAUUUCUUUUAAAUAAAACCUUUACGCAA